AUGGAGAUACUAACCAUCCGAUUCUAUGGUGGAACCAACUUCCCGAAUUGGUUGGGAGACUCGUCCUUCUCUAAUUUACAAGUCAUGCAUCUGAGUGAUUGUAGUUAUUGUUGGUCACUGCCACCAGUUGGGCGGCUACCCUCUCUCAAAGAGCUCUGUAUAGAAAGAAUGAAGUCUGUUAAGAUGAUUGGCGUCGAAUUUUAUGGCAGAAAUGGAGCUUCUCGUAUUCAGCCAUUUCAAUCACUGGAGAAGCUAAAGUUUAUGGAGAUGGCAGAGUGGGAGGAAUGUGUACCAAGUGCAAGUGGGGGCGAAUAUGGUCCUGACUUCCCUCGUCUCCAAGAGCUGAUUCUAACCAACUGUCCGAAGCUGAGCAGAAGCUUGCCUUGUCAUCUGCCUUGCUUGAAGAAGCUUACGGUGUCUGGGUGUGAGGUUUUACAUGAUGAAGGGGCCAAUACUACAACAACCAGUAGUCUUAACUACAGAUCUCUUGAAGAGUUGGAAAUAGAAGGUGGAUGCCAAAAGGGUCUGUUAUCAUUACUCGUGGAAAUUGGAAAUUUCGUUGAUAUACAAUGCUUGCCCAAUCGCAAUUGUCUUCAACGUUUGAGUCUCCGGAAUUGUCCAACUCUGUCUUUGUUCCCUAAAGAUGGGUUACCCACUACUUUGACAACACUUUAUAUAGAGAACUGUAAGAGAUUAGAAUUCCUACCUGACGAGAUGUUGGCCAAAUUAACAUCGCUCGAAUCUUUGUGGAUAGAGAAGAGCUGUGAUUCACUGAGGAACUUCCCGGUGAGCAUUUUUCCCAAAUUGAAGAAGCUUCACAUUUGGGGUAGUGAGAAUCUGGAAUCCCUUUCCUUCAUUGAAGAAGGAGGAGGAUGGCCCACUCCCAACUUGAAUGAAUUUACAAUCGGCGAAUGCAAGAAUUUAAAGUCAUUGCCCGAAGGCAUUCACACCCUCACAACCCUUCGAGUGUUGCAGGUGGAUGAUCUUCCAAAUCUGGAGUCAUUUACAGAAGGGGGUUUGCGUCCCAACAUUCGACGUUUGUGCACUCGUAGUUGUGAGAGGCUGACGGCUUCAGUGGUAAAUAUCUUGGAGACGUUGCUCAAGGAACACCUGCUCCCUACCACUCUUCGCUCUCUAAUUAUUAGUGAGUGUCACAGUGUCCAAGUCCUGCCAGGAGAAGGAGAGGGACUUCAACACCUCACUUCUCUCCAAUUCCUACAAAUUGACAAGUGUCCCAACCUCCAAUUCCUGCCAGGAAAGGGACUUCAACAUUUCACUUCUCUUCAAGAGCUAUAUAUUUCUAAGUGUGACAGUAUACAAUUCUUGCCAGAAGAGGGUUUGCCGCCAGCUCUUUCUUUACUUCACAUCUACAAUUGUUUUGCCCUGGCGAAAAGGUAUCAGAAUAAAACGGGAAAAGAUCGGGCCAAGAUAUCUCACAUUCCUUGCAUCAAGAUAAAUGACCAAGUCAUCAUCAUAUGA